AUGGGGCAGGAGGUGCUGACGGCACUGGAGCGGGACGGGAGCUGCCGGAAGCAGCGGCUGCGCCAGCGGCUGGAGCAGGUCAUCGCCUUGUGGCAGGAGCUGGGGUGCCUCCUGGAGGGAUCUGCCCUUGGGAUUGGGGGUGCCAGGGGCUGCAGUCCGCAGGUCUCUGCGGAUGAGCGCGUCAGCACCCUGAAGCGCCUGGUCUCGGAGAAACUGAACGUCCCAGUCUCUCAGCAGCGGCUGCUUUUCAAGGGCAAGGCCCUGGCAGAUGAGCACCGGCUCUCAGACUAUUCCAUCGGCCCGGAGUCCAAACUGAAUCUGGUAAUCAAGCCGCCGGAGAAGGCUUCCCCCGAGGAGCCGGGAUGCAGGGGACCCCCGCCACCAUUCUCGACCAUCUGGCACCCGCUGGGCCAGGUCCUGGCACAGCACUUCAGCACGGCCGAUGCGGAGAAGGUGCUAGAGCAGCUGCAGAAGGAUUAUGAGCGGAGCCUUCGCCUGCUGAGCCUGGACGACAUUGAGCGGCUGGCCACGCGGCUGCUGCAUCCGGAGGUGGCUGAUGCGAUGGAGAUGGGAUUCCUGGACUAGUGCCCAGACAGCCGUGGGCCCAGGGGGAAGACUUCAGCCUGGCCAUCCCUGCACUUGGAACAAGGAGCCUGCAGGCAGGGCCCAGUAUAGGGCUUGGGGUCCCUCUGCCCCCUCCUCACACCUCUGAACUGCUGCUAAGGUGCCUGUGUGUAUCUCCCAUUCUCCAUUAAAGAUGAUGGUGGGUGUGAG